GUAGGCCCGGCGAGCACGUUGAUAUCGGUCAUUUCGUCGGCGAAGCUUGACGAAGCUAGUGGCGGCACGUUUCCGAUCCCACCGGGAGACUUGAGGUUCACACGGAUCCGUAAAGAGAAGCCACGCAGCGGAGGCAGGUAGUGUGCAACAAAUUAAAGUAGCCAUAACUGAUAUCACAGAAUCUUUGGCCGUCCCGUCGAACCGAGAAGGAGCACGGUAAUAUGGCAGACUACGUGAUCGACGAUGCUGGUCAGGACGAGAAGUUCCCCAUCCGAGAAGACGGCCUCUCAGCAGCGCAGCUUCUCUCAGGUGGGGACGGCUUGACGUAUAACGACUUCAUCAUCCUCCCUGGGUACAUCGACUUCACUGCUGACGAGGUAGAUCUCUCGUCACCGUUGACUAGAAAAAUCACCCUCAAAGCACCGCUCGUCUCUUCCCCAAUGGACACAGUCACAGAGUCCGAUAUGGCGAUAGCAAUGGCCCUUUCAGGAGGAAUUGGUAUAAUCCACCAUAAUUGUACUCCGGAGUAUCAGGCAAACGAGGUUCACAAGGUGAAGAAAUACAAGCACGGAUUUAUCAGGGACCCGGUCGUUCUCUCCCCAAACCACACGGUCGGUGAUGUCCUGAAAGUGAAAUCCAAACAUGGGUUUUGCGGGGUUCCAAUAACAGAAAACGGCAGGCUUGGUGGAAAGCUUGUGGGGAUUGUAACAUCGAGGGACAUUGACUUUCUCGAAGACAUACCCAGCCAACAGAACCAAAAACUAGAAAAUGUAAUGACCAAACUGAACAAUCUGAUCACUGGAACUUCUGGAGUCACUUUGCAGGAGGCUAAUUCUAUCCUUGAAAAGUCAAAAAAAGGCAAACUCCCAAUAAUUAAUGAGAAUGGUGAACUUGUAGCCCUGAUGGCAAGAACUGAUCUGAAGAAGAAUCGGAGCUACCCAAACGCCAGCAAGGAUGAGAACAAACAGCUUCUGGUUGGCGCAGCGAUUGGAACUCGUGAGGGAGAUAAGCAGAGGCUACAACUGCUGGCAGCUUCCAAAGUCGACGUAGUUGUGCUGGAUUCGUCACAAGGAAACUCCAAGUACCAAAUUGACAUGAUUAGGUACAUCAAAUCAAAGUAUCCAGAGCUGCAAGUCAUCGCAGGUAAUGUUGUUACAAGUAUGCAAGCCAGAAACCUCAUACGAGCAGGGGCUGACGGUCUUAGAGUUGGGAUGGGGUCAGGAUCGAUCUGCAUAACUCAGGAGGUGACAGCUGUUGGUAGGGCACAAGCCACAGCAGUAUACAACGUCUCUGAGUAUGCCAGGAAGUUUGGAGUCCCUGUGAUCGCAGAUGGUGGUAUACAGUCUAUUGGCCAUAUAAUCAAGGGGCUGAGCUUAGGUGCAAGUACAGUAAUGAUGGGAUCGCUGCUGGCUGGUACAUCAGAAGCUCCAGGAGAGUAUUUCUUCAGUGAUGGAGUGCGCUUGAAGAAGUACAGAGGGAUGGGAUCGCUGGACGCUAUGAACAGGGAAGAUGCAAGGGGCUCAGCGAUGGAUAGAUACUUUCAUAACGAGAUGGACAAGCUGAAGGUAGCGCAAGGGGUCAGUGGAUCGAUAGUUGACAAGGGCACAGUUCUCAAAUUUCUGCCAUACCUCCAAUGCGGAAUCAAGCAUGGUUGUCAAGAUAUUGGAGCCAAAUCCAUAUCAGCGUUACGAUCCAUGAUGUACAGCGGAGAGCUCAAAUUUGAAAGGCGAUCACAGUCAGCGCAGUUAGAGGGUAACGUGCAUGGAUUAUUUUCAUAUGAAAAAAGAUUAUACUAAAUAUUUCCUUCAAUUCCUAGAUGGUUACUUGCAGGUUUAAUUGAAAGACCUUAAUUUUUGAGGCUGAAGUUAGUAACAUUAUCAUAAUGAAAAAUUGAGAUAAAAAUCACUAUUUUAUAUCUUCAGAAUAACUUGCAAGGAGUUGAAUAUCCAGUACAUAAGUUUGUUCAUGAUGUAUGAGGGUUUAUAAAAUUUCAUUCAACUCUCAAGUUACGAAGUAAUGAUUUUUUCUAUGAAUGCAUCAGUGCAAUAAUGUUACUCCAACUUCACCCUAAUUUAUGGUAUAGUGAAUGAUAAACUUGUGUUUGCAUAAUAUUAGUAAAGCAUCAAAUUUAUCGUUUUUUAUUUUUAUCGUAAUUUAUAGUUAAGCAUCAAAAACAACUAAUUUAUAGUGAUAGAAUUACUCAUAGUUUUUUAUUUAAUUUUGUUUUUUUCCUUCACAAUUUCUGAUCUUACAGAUUGCUGCAAGAAUCUAAGUACUUUUAUAUUGUAGAAAUGAAAGUUCAGCUCAUCGUAUUUUUCCUAACGGUAUUCCAAACUGAAUUACAAGUUAGUGAAAUUUAAUUUCAAAUUAGAUUUAUUUUGAACGUAUUUUAUAAUGUUACAAUGUAAAAGUUUUGGUUGUUUAUUUAUAAUAGUACUGACAAAUUUCUGUUUUAUCAGAACAUAUAUGUAUAUAUUUUGCUCAUGAUGUAUUUCAAACAACCUUGCCAAAUCAAUUGGCGUCUCCAGUUUUGUAACCAGUUCAAUUAAUAUAAAUAUUUCAUAGGUCUUUAUAAAUUCAUAAAAAUAUUUUGUGUGUAUUACAUACAUAUACAUAGAUAUACAUAUAUUUCUAGUUUAUAUAUUCGGUAUAAUUAUAAGUACAUUAGGUUGAGCAUGUAAUCGCCCACAGGAUUGCUAAAAACUGUACUUAAAGUCUCAAAUUGACACAAUCCUGAGACCUUACAUAAUAAUCUGAGGUGGAUUAUCAUAAUAUUCAGUAAACUUGACCAAUUAUUUGUAUGUCGAUUACAUUAAAGAAAUUUAGUUCGAGUAAACAAAACUGCAUACGGAUCGAUAUUCGUAUCCGUACUAAUGAAUUUCAUCAUUUUGUUGUAAGUAAUUUUAAUUCGAAAAUAUUCCGAAACCACGUUAUUUACACCAGAUAUUUUAUCAACAAAUAUAUUUUAUACCAAGAUAUUAUUGUAAUACCUCAAUUAAAUACAAUUGCAAGAUGACGAGAUGUCCCGAAUUUAUCUUACCCGUCUCUAUAUUACGCACACCUGCAGGUAAAUGUUUUCACGUGCAAGAGUAGUGCCAAAGUGUAAGCAUUCAAAGUUAUUAUUCGUGCAUUUACAAGGCAUUGAUGCACACCUACAACGGUGUAAAGGAGCUUGGAACUGUGAAAUGAGUUAUCCACAUACUGGCGGAUUAUAUUCCAAUGAAGCCAUGCGCAUAGAUCCAUAUUAGCGUCGGACGACAUUCUCCCAAAUCAAUGCGUUGAGGGCUUCAGCGCAAUAGUUCAAGCACUGAUUAUGAAUUCCACUUCUCCUGCUAGACACCUUGGAAGCGAUACAGAAAAACAGGCUUUGACACGAC